AUGCACAUCCACAACAUAACGAGAAGCACAGGCAUGUCCGCACCCGAAGUAGGUAUGUCCGCACCCGAGGUUGCCACCGAUCUGAGCUUCGGCGUGGAGCUCAAGUUCCUGGUGCCGUGCUUGUCUCCGGAAGAGCAAGGGCCCAGAAAAUCCGAGAGCCCACCGGUCUUGAGAAUCGGGGAGAAGAAGACUAGACCGGAUCUAUGGGCAGGCGUCCAUUUUAUUGUCGCCGAAACCAUCCGCAUAUCCGCCGGACAGCAAGCCAUCACCCGUUGCCAAAUCGAUCAAAGAUGUCAGGAAGAACGAGACUACUGGGAGACCCAUUGGAUCGUCAAGAAGGCAAACUCCGCAGAGCCUGCCGCAGAAUAUUCCGGCUAUAAUGACUACACCUGGGUACCCGUGGAGGUGUCGUCGCCGAAGCUCGGGUGGACAGAUACAAAUUCGCUGCCCACGGUUCGGAAGGUCAUACGAGCCUUGCAGGAACGUCAUCAUAUCGUGUCCAACCAUUCCUGCGAGGUUCACGUUCAUGUUGGGCGCAGAGAUGGCAAACAGUUUUCUCUCACGACUCUGAAGAGACUUGGUUCCAUAUGCUGGCUGGCAGAACCAUAUAUACGCGCUGUCAAGGACCCCAAAUCGCCCAAUUUCAACCACAAGUAUACCUGGAGUUCGCCCCUCAGAGAACGCAGUCGGCUUGCGAUCAGAUUGGAAGACCCGCUCCAGUCUAAACCAAAGCAUUCGAGCUCAUCCCCUAUCUGUCUUAGGCCCUUCUUGGAUAUUUCACACUCUCAAGAGUUGGAAGAUUCCAAGGACUUCCGGGCACUGAAAGAGAUAUGGAUGUCACCUUCACCGAAAGACUUGGGCAUGAUGCUUUCUGGCCCCGAAAGGCGAUAUCGACGAUUAGGGCUCAACUUCAAUGCAUACGGGGAUGAUCCUGAUGGCCUUCAGCAGACUUCAAAGACAUUCGAGUGUCGAUUCCUCGAAGGAGUCCUGAGCAACAACAUGGUCAGUGGAUGGAUCACCAUCAUCUGCACCAUGGUGGAGGUCGCCUUGGAUAACCAGACUCCUGACAGGAGGUUUGAAGUGGCAGUCGACCGUCUGCUUGGGGAGGAUCGUGCGUUGCCCCGGGAUCAGGGCUUCGAGGAGUUCUGCAGAGACCUGCAGAUAGACGAGUCUCACUAUGAGCCUUUCAUCACCAUGAUCCGGCGCAAUGGUAAUGGCACAGACUUUGGCGGAUAG